CAUCAUACAGAGAAAUUAACAGUUCAGUCUUAAUAACAAAUCAUGAAAUAUGCUUUCACACAUCUACUUUUUCAGUGACAGGGUGGAGUUCCUUCACAGUCAUGUUAUUUGUUGACAAGGUUAGAUCAGGAUUUUCGCCAUGGGAUAUUUUAAAUUGAAACCAAGGCUGUAUGCAUAAUUAUAGAAAAAAAAGAUCUCAUUUGAUAGUUUAAUCAUGAUUGUUAGGACUGCAACUAGACGUUUUCAGAUUGGUUAUUUUGUGGGUUGGAUCAGACUCCAUGCUGUGGGCAUGUGACACUUAUAAACAGGAGAUAUUGAGGAACUGGCAUUACUUGUAUGGGUGCUGCUGGCACCUAACAGAAAAUGGUUGACUGAGUGGAACCAGUGUGCUGUCAACCAUGAAAUGAGUAGGGGAAAUUGAAUUCACACUGAAUCUUUAUGAGAACCACAACUAAUUCCUCUUUACUAGAGUCACUUUUCAUGUGCAGCUGAGUACUAGGCAGGAUGUGUUUUCCUUUAUUAUCCCCUCUGGUGAUCUCAUGACAUUAGAGCAGCAGCGUGCGCACAGAAAAUUGCUACUUUAGCUUGUAGAUACAUUUUCUUUUGUCUGGAGGGAUUAUGUGGCUUUAGUCUUUAGACUUUGUACCAUAUUGUGGAUAAAUGAUCAGAUGUUUCCUGCUAUAAAUAAUCUCUUUUGCACUGGAAAUGAGUCUUUGUAAUGUUUUUCUUUUCUUAUUUUGGUGUUUUCUUCCCCUCUCCUCCCCUCUCCUCUCCUCUUGCAGCACACUGAGUGGUGCUCCUAAAAGAAGCCCUAUCAAAUAUUAAACACACCCAUAAAGGCUCUGUUGUCUCCACCCACACACCCAUCGCCACACACGCACACACACACACAGAGGCACACAUGCAAGGAGAGAGCCAGGCAGUAGACAGAUCAACCUCUGAAGUGUCUUCCUGUUCCUGUGCUCUACCUUACUUUCAGUUUAGAUGAUGGUAGAAGCAAAGUGCAGAGUGACUUGGCAGGAUGUAGCUCUUAUCUUAAUGAUUGGACUAGUCAAUAUAAGUUCAGUGAGUUAAGUUGUGUGUGAUUCCAUGCUCCUCCAUGCCUUUUGUUGGCAUCUAAUGGAAGAAAAAGCAACCAUCAGGUCUGCCAUGGUAUCCAGACUGCCUAAAUUUGGAGGACGCUCCUCGACAGGUGGCGCUAGCCCCUUGUCUAAUGGUUCCACACAGCCAGCCACCCCUACCCAGGAUGGUAAGAUCAAUCCCCCAGGAACACACCCAAAUGGCGUGAUCCGUGCCUCUGCUUUUUCCCUGAAGUGGAAGAGAGAUGAGGGCACAACUCCCUCCAGCCCCACCACCCCCACAAGUCCUGGGGACGGAGGUGAAGACAAGGCUCGGACACAGCUUCCCUCAUUGGCAAAGGAGGUAAAGAAUAGCUCUGCAGCAACGCCCAAGAUGCAGAGGUCAGGUUCUUUGAUGGUAGCUGUCUCCAGUCCUAAGGCCAUCCCCAAGCAAUCCUUGAAGAUGAGUCCCAAAGUAGGGAUCAAGCUAGGCCAAAGCCAACUGAAUGGAGGUCCUAAAAUGGGCCAUAAUGGCUCCAACAUUCCUGCUCGAACAGGGUCAGAGUCCCGCCUUGUGCGGCCAAGGUUAGGCUCCAGCUCUCCCAGAAGCAGCUCUCAAGACAGCCUGUCCCAGUCCAGUGACAGCCUGAAGACCUUGGCACUGGACAACAUGGUGCGUUCGAACAGCUUCACUCACUUCAAGCAGAUUCCCUCGCCCACCAGCCAGCCUAUGACACGGUCCUUCUCCUUUAACCGGGCUGUGGAGCUAGCCAAGCCUCUGGCAAACACUCAGCUACGGCCUACUCGGGGUACUUUCCUCAAACCCCCUCAGCUGAGCAAUGGAAGAGUGGGUUUAGGACUCGGAGGCCUGAAUGGCAGCCUUGGAGGUUCAGGAGGUCUAGGUGGAGGACUUGGAGGACUUCAGUACAGUAGAACUCCUCCAGCUUCCUCCUCUCUGCCCACUCUCUCGAUCCCUUCAGCACCCACUACUCCCAGCGCUCUGAAGAAGCCUCUGCUCCCCAGUUGUGUGCUGACCAAGUCAUUGGGCAGCAGUGGGGGGUCUUUGGGGUACAGGCUGGCUCGAUCCGGGCAGGCAAAGCAGCAGAAGCCUUUUUUUCCAGGUAGGGUCAAGGGGGAUAUCAGACCUUUAGCUGCCCCUGAACAUGGAGGGCUUUUAGGGAAAGCAAUAGACAUUGAGCUGACUGGUGAGGCUGAAAAAGCAGACUCACACAGUGACAGUGAUGAAAGCUCUGGAGAUGGAGGAAGAAAAGGAGGAGGAAGUGGUGUGCUUAGACAGAGCUCUGGCCAGGCAGCAGGAGAGACUCUGGAGGACAUGUCCUUAUCUUCUGCCUCAUCUCUAGACAGAGGCGACAUCAGUGAAGAGUUUCUAGAUGACUUUGACAGUGUGGGAGAUGUGUUCAGUGUGGGAGAUGUGUUCAGUGAUAUGCCUGACAACAGGAAAACUGGCAGCACUACUCAAACCUGCCUACAAAGCUUUCUCAAUGAGACCCUUGACUGGGACACAAUGGAUCUGGCAGGACAUAAAGAAGAAAGCCCUAUGCAGGACUCCCAGGGACCACUGGUAUUGUCUCCAGAGCGAAGUGAUGUCCCUCAGGCUUCAUCUGUGGAGCUCUCGCCCUCCAACAGCUCUGGUGGAACCUACAUGUGGGAUGAGGAUGCUCUUGAGCCCUUUGGGGGGCCUGGGACACAUCCAUGUAACAGCUAUGAUGACUCAGAGCUCAACAGCAUGGAUAUCCUGAACAACCUGGACCCUCCGGGAACUGGAGAGUUGGACGAUGAUGACCUCAUGCUGGAUGUGGACCUCCCAGAGGAUGGCUUGCGUGACGCUGACAGGAUGUCCCAUAUUGAGCGCUCAGAGAGGGCCGGACGGCAAGGGCAGCGCCGUAAACACCACCGCUGGAGUGGACCAGAUCACUUCCACAGUGAUAGCAGGGCCCAUGUCUUCCAGCACUAUGAUGGUCUCAAGGCUUCAAGGAUCUCUUCACGGCCCGUCCCCUCUGAAGGCAGGCAGCAUGGUUGCAUGACGAUGCUGGAUGAACUCACACUCGAACACAUGACUCAGGACUGCAGCUCCCUCAAGAACCAGCUGCUCAGGCUCAAAACGUUACUACAGCUUGAGGAUACAGACUCUCAAGCUGAUGUUCCUGAGGAGAUUGAAGAUAAUACAACUGCAUCACAGUUGGAGGAGCUGAUUAAGGAAGUGCAGGUGCUCAGAGAGGAGGUGAGGAGUCGAGACAAGACCAUUGCUCAGCUCACAUUGCAGUGUCAACAGCUACAACAUCAUCAUCAGCGGGACCAAAUGCCUGCUCAAGGACGGCAGUUCAGGUGUCAGUGCCACCACCAGAGGGCUCCCUCUUCACUACGACAGAGCGACAGACAGAGAGACAAAGGGAUGCAGCAUCACUAUGACAAGGCCACCCAGACAUACUGGAGACCACCGAGCCAUGCUCCUCAAAUAUUACAGCCUUUCAACCCCAGCCUCAACGAGCGCCUCCACCAGGGAAGACUAAUAAAAACUCCCCCCACCGAGGACCGCAGUGACCUCACAAGGAGUAGAUCAGAGGAAGGAACCAAUAUAGAUGCUGACCGUCCUCAUGAAGACCUUAUGGCAGAUGUUUCUGGGCCAACAGACCUCGACAAGCUGAGUCAUCUCCUAAAUGCCCAUCUGCACCGCCCAGGCUCUGGGGCACCACAGGGGGUAACUGCCAAAGACAGUCCAGCAUCAGCAGCUCAGUCUGCAGCACAGCAUGAGUGGAGAGCCCCCACUGUGAUACUGCAGAACUCUGGAUCUGCUGGUUCGACUUGCCCUCGCAUGUUUCAGCCUCCUGGCCUUCACAAGCGUGUGUCUCUCCCUGCACUCAAGCCAGGGGGCACUGGUGGCUUUGCCUCUCUGAAGCCGGGGUGUUCCUUAGGGCCUCUGGCUAACCAGACCAAACAGCUGCCCCCUCCGUCUAGAGGCCUUCCCUGCUUUAACGCUGGACCCCAGGUGCAGGCUCGAAGUCUAAGUCGCACUUCACUGCUUCAGCCUUGCAGAACAUCAAAGCCUUGCAGGAAUCUACGGUGCACCAACUCCAGCCUGGAGGAGCCCGACCAGGGGACGCUCAAAGACAAUGGGUCAGCCAAGAUCCUGAUCCCUUUGAGUCGCUCAUGCCUUCCCAAGCCAAAGAUUCCCUGAGGAGCUUAAGCCCACCAAUCAAAACUUAAAACUGUAAUCACUCUGACAUUGAUAUUCAUCCCCUUCUCUCCCCAGCCAUAAUAACAGUGUGAUUGUUUUACCUUUUGAGUGUCAAAGGAACAUACACUAAGCUCAUUAACACAUAUGGACCAUUCAGGGACUGCCUGUGUCGUUGACAUUGGUAUUGUGACUGUUGUAUUGUUUCUAACUUAGCGUCUACAACUCCAGCCUGACUGAGUGAUCGAAAUAUAGUAUGUAGCAGGAUCUUAUCUUCACAACAAUCCACAGUAGCAUAUGGCAGUUUUCAGACUGAGGGAAAUUUAUGAAAGAAAUAAUGUAUAAAUGCCCAGUUUACUAGCUUUGCACAUGCACAUGAAUGCUGCUGAUGCAAAAAAAAGUGUUAACAUUUAGAGAAGUCAGCUUUUUGUCUAUCCCCUGGCUAUUAUUACAUUUUAAAGUCUAAGUUCACUUGUCCUCAAACAGCUGUGCCCUUUGACACACAGGUGCAUGUGGUUUUAAAGAUGGAGGUGAUGUGAAUGUGACCUUUGCAUUGUAAUAGAAGGCCCAGGGGAAGAUGGAGGCAAAAACAAGAAGUGGGAAAGAAAGAAAAAAAUACUAAAAAACAGUAGAAGUGGAAUGGGGGCUACAGACUGAAAAGCAAAUUUGUCAAAGUUCUCUGGAGCUGUCACGUCCAGAAUGAAAACAUGUGUUUGUGUAAAUGUAUGUGUGGUGUGUAUGAAAGUGAAAGAUGAGAGACAGAGGUGAGGCACAAAGAGGAAAACACUCCACACUGUAGGCGCAUACAUGUUUCUAAUUCAGUUUGCUACGCUUACAUCCUGAGUGAACCUUUGAAAUGAAUACCAUGCUGGUGGUAGAUAUAAUUAGGAGAAACAGUAUGAUUUAGGAAUUCGCUUUCAUAAUGUAUUGGAAAAGAGCAGUGUAAUGAAGCACUCACACACUCACAAGUGUGCUCAGGUACAAUGUAGGCUCACUCAUUUCCAUGUGCACACACAAAGUUCUCUGAUACUCUGAAAAGUGUCUGUUAUUUCAGGGUUACUUUGUGCAUUUUUAGAUAGAAAACAGUGAAGAGUAACAGGAAGUGUGAUGAGAGAAGGGAGACAGCAUGUAACAAAAAUGUAAUAUCUUACAGUCUUAUAUUUCUUACUGUAAGAGAAACACAACACAAAUAAAUCUGCCAGUAAUGUGAAGAAUUUUUUAUUUCAGUUUGCAGCAAAUAAAUCUGUUGUGAAAAUUUUGAGAACUUUUUAAGUGAAAAACACGUAAAACGAGCGAUCUGCCUCAUUUGAAGUCAUCACAAUGUGAUGUAAGAAAAUUGAACAAGUCAGAAUCAGGUUGAGAAAAGUAACACUUGAGGACAUUGAGGAGUCAAUUAAAUAACUUGUUAAUAGGGCCAUUUUUACAAUGCACACUGACUUCCUUGAACUAUCUCCCUCAAUGACCCACACAUGGAAACAUCCGCUAACAGGGAUUCAUUAGAUGUUUGAAGCUGCUGCCUGGUGUGUAUAUGUGUGAGUAUGCUUGAGUGUAUGAGCUGUUGCCGUUUUCCCCCUGUCUCUCUCUUCCUCACGCUCUCCUGCACAUCUCUUUGGGAACAUCAAAGGUAUUAGCGCGGUAUUUUCAGGUAGGGAGCCUUCGGGGCUUUAGUGGUGUUUCUGUGGGAGUUUUGGAGAAUUGUGUUUAUCUCUCCUUUGCGGAGCCCUUUUGCAGUCUAACACUCCCGAAAUGUCCCCGAACGGAGAGCAGCAGUGUGUUAAAAAGGCCUUCUGACAGCAACUCUGCUCUCUUCUCUGUCACGCCGCGUGACCGCUUGGUGUAUGCCUCUGGCACUGUCCGGUCUACUGCGUCCAAUAAUGCACCCUACAUAGACAGAGAGAGACAGAGAGAGAGAGACACAUCACAUGUAUACACAUCCGGACACACAAGUUACAUAGACGCACAGGAACUCUGACAAAACUCAAAGAGAAACGAAACUUGGAGGGAACAUACAUCAGUUCACACUUCCCAGUAGCCACACAAGUGCACAUAAAUACACGCACACUUUAAAUUCUAUAGCAAAGUACAUAAAAUUCAAAGUUCGUUUGUGUUGUUUUGGUAGCUCACACAAAAUGAGAUCUCCAAGUACACAUUGAUCCGUCUGUCCGCCUUAGCCAAAAAAAAAGAUGGCCAUCUCUAGAUUACCCUGGAAAUGGGUAGAGGCUGGAAAUGUGGAUCCAUGUGGCUGAUAAAACGUGUUUACCUGUUGGACGGUUCAACAUUGUGCCAAACCAGCCGAGCAGUCAACACCGCUUUGUGAAGCCAAGAAAAACCCAUUUCUUUUAAUGAAAACGGAAACAGAGAGAGAAAGAUACAUACAGGGGAUGAGAAAGAUGCACAGGGAGAGACAAUAAGACGAAGCAGGAGGAGAGAGCAAAGAAUAAGAGAUGUUGAGAUGAAAUAGUGAAGCCGCUAUAAUCAGAAUAAGCUGUUUCUGGCAGACCUUUCUGCUUGUGAAUGUUUGUCUAUAAAAUGUCGUGAAGGUGUGUAUAAGAGAAGAGAGGGAGACAGAAUACAUAGUAUGUUUGUUUGUGUGCACUAUGGUCCAGAGAAUAGCCCAAUCCCCUCAGCUGUGUCACUCACUGCUUAGCAAUGCCAAACAGGAAAUAAAUGUUGCCCACUGGCUGUGUGUGUGUGUGUGUGUGUGUGUGUGUGUGUGUCUCCAGACACCUCUGGCUGCCAGUGUUUCUUUCUUGGAAGUGUGUGAGUGUGUGUGUGUGUGUGUGUGUGUGUGUAUGUGAGUGAGUGUGAGAGAGAGAUGUGUCUGCCCACAGGCCAAAGGCAAACGCAUGCCAGGGAAAGCAGGGCAGUGCCAUCCUUCUCUCCCUGUGCUGUAUUCCCUAUCUCCAAAUCAAUGGCCCUGCUCAAUUUAGCAGUCACGCCAAUCAGUCUUGCUAGCUAUGCUAUAACAAAAACACAACUGGGCUGAAAACUCGCUGCAGCAACUUUCAUCAAUUCUAUUGCAGGAUCUUGGUUCACUUUAUUUUGCGAGAAGACUCAGAAAUUAUUAAGCUGCAAUGCACAACAAGAAAACAAGUUACCAAAGGGGUCAGGUUGUUCGAUAUUACUACUCUGAAUGGCACAGGACUGCAUUUUGGCACUUAGUAAACAUUAUCUAUCUAUGGAGAUGUUUUCUUGCAAUACAAUGAAAAUGCACAUCAACUGAGACACAUUACUUGAUUUUUAACCAGGUAAUCCACUGAUAUUUAAAACAUAUAGUUACUGGGGAAAAAAGACAGAGGCAUAUUUGCAGUUUCAAGCUUUCGGCUUUACUUUAAAGCUCCUAUAAUUUAUAUUUUUUAUAUUAACAUUGGAUAAAAUGACUAUGUGUAUGUAAAAGGAGUUGCUUGUAGUGACAAACCCACAGAUAAUCAUCACCUGACUCUGCAGCAGGCAGCUGUUUUCAGCAAAAAAAGCUCUCAUAAAUCCACUGUACACUACCUGCUCAGCACCAUAUUGCAGAGAGACAAAUAGAGUUAGCGGCUAGCUGGUGGACACAGUGGAGCAUUUAGCAGCUAAAGAGCCAGAAAUUUCCAUCAGGAGUUGGUGGAGAGCAAAACAGAGCUAAAAGGAGAAUAAAUAUUGGACAUUUGUCAGGUGAACACAAACUUGAGUAAGUACUGUAAGCUACUGUUUGCUAACAUGUUUGCCAUAUCAAUUUUAAUAUGUUGGUGGUUACAGCUUGUUUCUGCUGCUCCCAAGUUUCCCAGCCUCCUCUGCCUGCUUCUGAUGAUAGUUUUAAAUUAAAAUUCAAAGCUUGAAACUGUAAAUAUACUUUUGUCUGUUUUUGGAGUAACUCUACUCUUAUACUUGACUUGUGUUUUUGUAUAUUUGUUGUCCAAGCAGCAACAGACAUGGUACAGACCACUGAUGUUUUUUACAGCAGUUUCAAAUCCACCACUCAAGUGUCACAGUUGUCAUUUUUUCAUCAUAGCUAAAUUUCCAACUAGAAGUUUAAAGUGUUAGCAGAUAAAGCACCGUAAUAUAGCUUUUCUUCCCAUAAUAUGCAAGGUCACUGUAUUUAUCACUAUAUAAACUCCAAUAUCAGCUGCUUCCAGGUGUUAAGCACUGUCUUCAGUGUACCGUGCAAUAUAGUUUGAAGCAAAAAGAUGAGGGAACGCUACAAUAUAUUUUUAGCAACCUUUUAUGCAAAUGAAAAACAGCAAAUAAAGCAUUUUUAAAAUACUAAUCUGAAGCACUUUAAAUUAUGUUAGUUGUUGAUGCCGAAUGAACAUUGAAGUAGAUUUAGACGCUACUAAGAAUCCAUUUGAUUUUAUAGUAUCAGUGUUGAUUUCUCUUAUUCUUUCAUUUCCCAGUGUGUGUUUUUGCUAAAUCAUAUUUUUCUAGGAAGCCAGGUGAGACAGCAAUAAAGGUUGAACCAAAAAUCUGGCUAAUCUUUCAUUGGAGUUUUGUCACCAUGUUUCUUGGUGUAAUAUGUUGUUUCCACGCAAAUUGCUUGCAUGAUAGACUAAUAACGUCCAGGCGUGUUUACCUUACAUGCUUAACUGUAGGUCUAAGGAAAAUUGUUAAACAUCAGAGCAGAAGAUGGUGCUGUGCCAUCAAUGAGAGGCCACAGGUCAAAACGCUGGUCCUGUAGUGCAAAAUACUACUUUGUCAAUGCUAUUCAUUGAUCUGGAUCACAGACCCUCACCAACGCUUACACACACAAACAUAGCGCUGCUGAUCUCAGUUCAACAUGAAAGAGAAACCUCAUUCUCAGUUUGUUUUCCUUGUUUUCACUGUCUACUGGUUGUAUUUCUGUGGAAAUAAAGUAUGACAAAUGUG